AUGGCCGGUCAGUCGAAGCAUAUGCGUCUGUCGCCCCUGCAAAGCGCAAUAUCAGGGGCUACAGGUGCGGUAUUGGCGAAUGCUCUGUUAUAUCCAUUGGACAUAGCGAAAACCCGGCUUCAAGUCCAGGUUAAAUCUUCAAAGACCGAAAACGGCCACGUUCCGGGCGAAACAGUCCACUAUGAUUCCACUCUGGAUGCAAUUCACAAAAUCAUCGCGGAUGAGGGUAUGCAGGGCCUCUAUACCGGCAUCAGUGGCUCCCUUCUCGGCGUAGCCUCAACCAAUUUCGCGUACUUCUACUGGUAUACGAUUGUGCGCACGCUGUACACCUCUUCGUCCCGCGGGAAGCAACAUCCAGGCACAGCCAUGGAACUUACUCUCGGGGCCGUUGCGGGUGCCAUCGCGCAACUCUUCACAAUCCCCGUCGCGGUUAUUACCACCAGGCAACAGACGCAGGCCAAGGGGGAGAAGAAAGGUCUGAUCGACACCGGAAGAGAAGUUAUCAACAGUGAAGAUGGCUGGAGUGGGCUGUGGAGAGGACUCAAGGCCAGUCUGGUGCUCGUGGUCAAUCCGGCCAUCACAUACGGAGCAUAUGAGAGAUUAAAGGACGUCCUGUUCUCCGGGAAAGAAAAUCUGCAGCCAUGGGAAGCUUUCGUGUUGGGCGCCGCCUCCAAGGCUCUCGCGACCGUUGUCACGCAGCCGUUGAUCGUGGCCAAGGUCGGACUCCAAUCCCGACCACCCCCGGUCCGCCAGGGCAAGCCCUUCAAAAGCUUCGGUGAAGUAAUGAAGUAUAUCAUCGAGCACGAGGGGCCACUGGCAUUGUUCAAAGGCAUCGGCCCUCAGAUACUGAAGGGGCUCCUUGUUCAGGGAUUUUUGAUGAUGACGAAGGAACGGGUUGAACUGCUCUUCAUCUUCUUCUUUGCAUAUGUCCAAAAGAUCAAGAAGGCCAGACUCCAAAGAGCUGCUAACAAGGCGGCAGAGAAAGCGGCGGAGAAGGCGAAGGCCUCCCUUCCCGUAACUCUGAAAUGA